AAACUCUCUCUUUCGCCCACAGUCGUGUAUUUGCUGUCGAGCGAGUAGAGAGCACUUUUGGGAGUUAAUAAACCAACGCUAUUGUUUAUUUAUGAGUGUGUCAGUCGUUGCAAAAUUAAGAGAUUGAAGGAAACAAAAUCCGGAGACUAAAAACUGAGAUCAAGACAAGAGAAGCAAUUAAUCGAAGGCCAACAUGGGUAACGAGACCUCCCUGCCCAUGGACAUGUGCUCCAAUUUCGAUGCGGACGAGAUCCGAAGACUGGGCAAGCGGUUCCGCAAGUUGGAUCUGGACAACUCGGGGGCCUUGAGCAUAGAUGAGUUCAUGUCACUGCCGGAAUUGCAGCAGAAUCCUUUGGUUCAGCGGGUGAUCGAUAUUUUCGAUGCGGAUGGCAACGGAGAGGUGGACUUCAAGGAGUUCAUCCAAGGAGUUUCGCAGUUUAGCGUUCGCGGCGAUAAGCUGUCCAAGUUGCGAUUCGCCUUUCGGAUUUACGACAUGGACAACGAUGGCUACAUCUCGAACGGGGAACUGUUCCAGGUGCUCAAGAUGAUGGUGGGCAACAACCUGAAGGACACACAAUUGCAGCAGAUCGUUGACAAGACCAUUUGUUUUGCGGACAAGGACGAGGAUGGCAAGAUAUCGUUCGAUGAGUUCUGCUCGGUGGUGGGCAACACCGAUAUCCACAAGAAAAUGGUCGUCGAUGUUUAGGUGUCGUAUAAUAUACCUACAUAUAGCAGGAUUCCAAAAUGUGUGUACCUUCCCUUCCUUCAAACCUGUUCAGCUUUAUAAUAAAUGGUCUGUCUGUAAGUCUGUGAGGGCGUUUAAGGGCGUGCCAAAAACGAAGCAAUUUAUUCGAUUUAUUGAUAUACCUAUCGCAUAUAGUACACUCACACCCACAACCUGAUCGAUCUCUCAUCCUCAGAAUGCAAUGAAUUGUGUCUUAUACUCAUACUUGAAACCACCGGCAACGGACCACUACAAAUUCAUACUUUCUAAAAAUUUCCCCAUACGAAUACCUUGGAAAACCCUCUUCUCGCUCGGAUAGGUGACUUAGGAUUGCUCGCAUCAUCUUAAACUAGUUUGUACUAUAUCCUAACUCUACGUUCAAUUCAAGCCUAACACUUAAGUUCAUCUCUUGACUAAAUGUUGUGUAUAAGAUAUUUAAAAAAAAAAAAAAAAAAACAAAAAAAAAAAACUACAACUACAACUACAAUUAAACACUGUUUAUCGAAAAGCUAAACUAAAA